CCAGGAGACGGCGCAGGAGGAGACAACUCCAACUCACCGCAACAUCAUGGAACAAAUGAAGGUGGUGCUGUUCUUAGCCGAGAGGAUCAUGGUGAAGAAGAAGGCGUUUUUGAGCCUCAGUAUGAUGAGAAUGGUAACAUGAUUGUUGAACUAGACGAAGAAGGGAGGCCUGUAUUGGAUGGUGAAGGAGCAGGGUGGAGGAGACCGAUUAGUGGAGGCACGACUGGGACUCCUCAACAGAGCAGGACUGGG